AUGGCUAAGGUUAUCAUUACUGUGACCACAAUUUUAGGAGUUUUAGCUAUUCUUACCGUUAUACUUCGCGUCUACGUGCGGAUAUAUUCCAAGCUCUAUCUAGGUGUCGACGACUGGAUAACUAUCCUUGCCCUGAUCGUCUUAUGUGGUAUUAGUAUAAUUAUUGACUAUAUAGAUGCAAUUGCUACUAUGGGGGUUAUAAAAGUCUCCUUACUAUUUUCUACCGGCGAACUUUUGGCAUUUCCUGUCCCGAUUCUAAUCUGUUACGUUGCUGGAAAUAGCUUCUUUAAUCUUCUGAUACUAGCUCUACUAAUUGCAGCUGUACAGAACUUACAAAUAGAUCAAUCAAAGAAGCUGUUUAUGUCUGUGAUCUUUGUUUUGGGAAGCACCUGCAUGGCGGUAUCACUUGUUAGACUUUACUAUGCUGUUCAGUGGACGAAGGAGACUGCAACCAUCAGUAGUAUAUUUGAAGCGCCCUUUAUUUAUAAUAUUCUAUGGGUACUUCUCGAGCCACUCAUCUUUAUUGUUGUGGGCUCUAUACUUAUAUACGGACCCCUGCUACACAAUUGCAGCAAGAAGGAGGGAUCAACGAAGUUCCACGAGGCGCGCAACUGUCCGCUAUCACAUUUCCAGUCGGGAAAAUCUCACCAGCAUGGGGCAGAGAAGACUUUGCAUCCAACUUCCUCAAGCCAGGUGGAACUUUUGCCAGUCUGA